AUGGGCGGGCGCGCGGGGAAGCCGCAGUGUUGGGAGCAGUGGCACAACCAUCUCAAGAGGGGCAUAAUGAAGGAAGCGUGGACGGAGGAGGAGGAGCGGGCUUUUGUGGAGGCACACAAGCGGCUGGGCAACAGAUGGGCGGAGAUCGCAAGGCUACUACCGGGAAGAACAGACAACAGCGUUAAGAACCAUUGGAACUCCACAGCCCGGAGGAAGGAGGAGAUGGGGCGAGGAGGGGCGGAGGGCAAGGGGAGUGGGAGACCGGGCAGUGCUGGCAGUGUUGGUAGUGCUGGGAGUGCUGAGAGUGGGGGUGGUGGGGGUGGUGGUGGGAGUGUGGGCAGGGGCGGGUAUAGUGGUCGAUCGAAUGUGCUCCUGCGGUAUAUCCAGUCGCUGAAGCAGGGGGGCCGGAGCGAGAGCGGAGGGGGGGAGAGCAGAGGAGGGGAGAGCGGAGGGGGGGAGAGCGGAAGGGGGGAGAGCAGAGAGAGGGAGAGAGGGAGCAGAGGGGGGGAGCAGCAGAGCAGCAGAGGGGGAAGGAGCGAGAACAAAAGGGGGGAGAGGGAGAGGAGUAAUGGGAAAGAGGGCGAUGGGGAAAUCAGAAGCGUUGGUAAAGGAAGGAGGGAGAGAGAGGAGGGGAGAAGGAGGGAAGGAGGAGAGAGAGUGGGGGAAUGGAGUGAGAGGGGGAGAGUGAGAGCUCUGGACGAGGGAGCAUUGGUACCAGCUGCAGCAGAACGAGCAGCAGCAGCAGCACCAGCAGCAGCAGCAGCAGCACUGCCACUUGUUGCUAACAGCACCAAUUGGGCCUCGCAUCAACCAAUGCAGCAUUCAACAUCACACCAAUCUGCUAACUAUAAUCAUUCCCCCGCACCACACUCACCUCCUCCUGCUCUCUCUCUCUCCCUCGCCCACACUGCCCCUAGUCCCUCUCAACCUCACCAGCCGUCCUCCCCGUUUCCCCCACCGUCUAAUUCUCACCUCCCCUUAUCCUCGUUCGCACUCUCCCCCUUUGCGUCGCCUCAAAAGUCAACUUUUCCUCCACCGUCUAACCCUGACCUCCCCCCAUCUUCUUCAUUCUCACUCUCAUCCUUCAAGUCAGCUCGAGAUUCACCCCCGCUUCCCCCACCGUCUAACUCUCACCUUCCCUUAUCUCAUUCACUCUCACUCUCCUCCUUUAAGCCAAUUCAAAAUUCACCCCCGCUUCCCCCACCGUCUACCUCUCACCUCCCGUUAUCUCAUUCACUCUCACUCUCCUCCUUUGAGCAGACUCAGAAGUCAACCCCUCCUGAGCCAUCCACCUCUCACCUCCCACUAUCCACUCUCUCACUCUCCCUUUUCGAACCCGCACAUACUCCAGCUUUCUCCCCCUCUUUAAAAGGAGAGCAGGUGUACAUAACAACGAAACAGGAGCCAACACAAGAGGCAUAUCUCGAGAAUCCCCGAACUGCGGCAACACAAAUGCCACGCAUUUCUCGGGAUACGCCGCCUUGUCCUGUGGAGGCACAGGUUGCAGCAACAGGAGCAUUCCGAGAGACUCCUGUUCCUAUGGAGGCCCAGAAUGUGCCCGCAACGGCUCGGGAGGCAGCACACAAAGCGCACAACCGGUCCCUGUUAGCGUCACGGCUUAUGCGAUCGCUGGGAGCAAAGAGGGCCAGGAGGCAGAGUGAAGGAGGGGUGGAGCAGAGGCAGCAGCAGCAGCAGCAGCAGCAGCAGCAGCAGCAGCAGCAGCAGCAGCAGCAGCAGCAGCAGCAGCAGCAGCAGAAGCAGCAACACAGGACAACAGAAGCGUAUCCAAACAACCAUUCUUCACAGGACAUCCCAACCAAUCCCCACAACAGCAAUCUCACUGAUCCUUCUCGAAACAUUUCAGCUGACCCGCAACCUGCCCCAAAAAGACGGUGCCUGCUGCAGCGCAGUGUGGCUGGGCCGCUACCUGGUGCUCCUGUAGCUGCUGUGGGUGGCACGUUCCUGCUGGUUGGCGAACUGAGCCUCACUCUUUCGUCCUCUUGCCUGAUGCCGAUUUCUGCCGGACAGGAAAUAUUGGGAGACGAUCCUGUAAAGAUUCAGGAAGCACCAUUGGUGGUUGGAACAGGGAGUGGGUUGGGGAGAGAGUGUAAGAAGGGAGGGAUUGAGGGGGAGAGAGUGGAAGAAGGAAGGGGAUGA